GUGAAAUAGAUGGAAUUGGUAAAGAGAGGAUUUUAAGUUUUAGUUUCGAUUCACAGCAAAUUAAUCCACAAAUACUAUCAACACUUGUACAGAAAGAGAAAAUUAAGAACUUUCUUUAUGGGAAUAGGUAUAUAUGAAAGUUGAUAAAUUAUAAGGAUCAUUGUAUUUAUUGAGAAGGCUGUCAUAAUUGGCAAUGGCAUUAACACCUUCGAUUAGAAGAAAUAUGACUGCAAGAUAUGGAGAAGAAUCUUGGGCUGUAGUAACAGGAGGAUCAGAUGGGAUUGGUAAAGAAUUUUGCAUUUAAUUGGCGAAAUAGAAAUUCAAUAUUGCCCUAAUAGGUAGAAAUGCCAAGAAAAUGGAUUAGGUUUGUUUAGAAUUAUAGGGUUUUGGAGUUCAGACUAAAUUUGUUGUAGCUGAUUUUAAUGAAGGACAUACAGUUGAAUUUUAUAAUAAGAUCUAUGAAUAGCUUGAGUAUUUGGAUAUUUCAAUUUUGGUCAAUAAUGUGGGGGCAGCAGAAGCUGGGUAAUUUGAACAAACAAAGAUGGAAGAUUCAUUGAUGAUGUUGAGAGUGAAUGCAUUAUCCACUCUAAUGAUGACUAGAAUUCUCAUUAACAAAUUGCAAAAUAGAGCAAAGAAAUCUGCAGUGAUUACAGUCUCAUCAGGACUAGCAUAUCUGCCUUGUCCAUUAGUUAGUGUUUAUAGUGGAACAAAAGCAUUCACUAAUUAUUUUACUUAAUCUUUAGCUUUAACAUCAUAGAAAAUAGACUUUUUGAGUGCAACUUCUUUGGGAGUGAGUACAAAAAUGUUAGGAAAUAGAAAAGGUCCGAAUAUUCUUGAAACUAAUGAGUUUGUUAAAAAUGUGAUUAAUGACUUGAGACAAGGAAAGACUCACAGUUUUGGAAGUUAUAAACACAAAAGGUUUAUCAAUCAUUUAUUGUGGAGAAAUUAAAAUUUUAGAAAUAAAGCAAAAGUGUAAAUAGGGAAUAAUUUGAUGAAUUGUUAGAUGCUAAAAGUCAAUUAAAAGGAAUGAAUGAGACCAUAUAUCAAAUAAUAAAUAAAAAAAUAUAGAAG